AUGACCCCCGAUGUGAGGAAGUGGCAGGGUAACAGCGUGGCAGGCAAAUCGGAGGCCACCUGCCAGUUAGUUUCCUGUGGCUCCAUGAUUAAUGGGACGGGUAGGGGACGAUACGGCGCAAAAACUCGCCACUGCGGCCGCCGGAUCAGAAAGACUUCUUCCGAGAAUGCUUAUGACGUAGAUCCUGGGGAUUUUCGUGAUGACAUUCCAAAAAUAAAUUUAGAAUCCCAAAGGUUUCUGUUUCAAGGAGACAUUGCAGAAAAUCUGGAACGGAAUGCUAUUAAAAAUCUAACAUUGAGAUGGAAAUUCCCUAUUCCGUACAUUCUGGGUGACAGCCUUGAUUUAAAUGCUAAGGGAGUUAUCAUGAAUUCGUUUGAAGACUAUCGCUUGAAAUCAUGCAUUGAUUUCAAACCAUAUGAAGGAGAGGAAACAUAUUUAUUUUUUCAAAAAUUAGAUGGGUGCUGGUCUUCUGUUGGUGACUUGCACAGUGGCCAAAGUGUGUCCAUUGGUGAACGAUGUGACUAUAAAGCUAUUGUUGGGCAUGAACUGCUACAUGCAUUAGGAUUCUACCAUGAACAAUCAAGGACAGACCGAGAUGACUAUGUUAACAUUUGGUGGGACCAAAUUAUUCCAGGCAUGGAGCAUAACUUUGUGGUAUAUGAUGACGAUUAUAUUACUGACCUGAAUACUCCAUAUGAUUAUGAAUCUGUGAUGCAUUAUGCACCACUCUCCUUCAACAUAAAUGAAAGUAUUCCUACUAUCACUGCAAAGAUACCAGCAUUUGAUGACGUAAUUGGACAGCGCUUGGACUUCAGUGCUAUUGAUUUGCUAAGGCUAAAUCGCAUGUAUAACUGCAGUUCCCCUCUCACACAGCUGGAUCAGUGUGCAUUUGAGUUCAUUAAUAUCUGUGGCAUGAUUCAGACCAAAAAUGAAGAAGCUGAUUGGGUUCAUGUGAAGAGCAAUCCUGGAAAUGAGGAUCAUACUGUAAAUGGCAAAUGCAGAGACGCUGGAUACUUCAUGUACUUUAAUACUGCGAGUGGAAAGGAUGGUCAAAGUGCCAUUCUGGAAUCCCGGAUCCUUUACCCCAAAAGGACUGAGCAAUGCCUUCAGUUCUUCUAUAAAAUGACAGGAAGCCCUAUGGAUAAGCUUGUUGUCUGGAUGAAAAUGGAUGAUGGAACUGGAACUGUUCGAAAACUAGUUAAAGUUGAAACUUUAAAAGCUGAAGAUGCUCAGUCCUGGAACAUCGCCCAUGUGACCUUUCAUGCUGCGGUCAAGUUUCGUUAUGUCUUCCAAGGUAUAAUUGGUAAUGCCACAAAUUCUACGGGCGGUAUUUUCCUGGAUGACAUUACUUUUACUGAAACACGAUGCCCUAAUAGUGUCUGGCAAAUAAAGAACUUCACUCAUGUUCUUCAAAACACUGGAAGUAAUGACCAUUUAAGAAGUCCACGGUUUUAUAGCCCAGAAGGUUAUGGCUAUGGCGUCUCUUUAACUCCUCAUUCUCGUUAUGAAAACUACAUUGGGCUCCAUUUCCAUCUGUGCAGUGGUGAAAACGAUGGCAUCCUCGAGUGGCCAGCUGGGAACAGGCAAGCCAUUCUCACAGUAAUGGACCAAGAUCCUGAUGUAAAACUUAGAAUGUCAUCCAGUAGAAGCUUCACUACAAAUGGAAGCCAAGUAAUAGCAGACAGAAAUGACACCUUCAUGUGGGACAAGCCUACGCUCACCGGAACCUAUGAUUCUAUUUGUGACUGUUACUGGAGUAAUAUCUCCUGGGGUUGGUCAGCAUUCAUAUCACAGAAGCAGCUUCAACGUAGAAGCUUCUUAAAAAAUGACGACUUGAUUAUUUUACUUGAGUUUGAAGAUCUGACUUCACUGAUUAAGACCGAAGUUUCAAUUCAACUCCCAAGCUUUCAUGAAAGGCAUCGGCGAGCAGUGGAAUAUGCUGGACACGUACAAGAGCAGCAGCCACAGAGCCCCCUCAAAGAUUGGUGUGCUCCUGGAUAUUGCCUGAACAAGGGAGUGUGUGUUAUGACAAAAGGGAAAGCAAGUUGCAGAUGUGCCUCAACUCAAACACACCUGUACUUCGGUGAGCGUUGUGAGACAGCACAGAUUCAUGGUUCUCUCUUUGGGGUAAUGAUUGGAGCAACUGCAGGUGUGAUAGCACUGGCCAUUGCUAUUAUUAGCAUGAUUACAAAAACACUUAAUUGA